UUUUGCUGCAUUUCAAUACUGUGUUGUAUCCUUUAGAGACCUAGUAAGUUACAUGAGCAGAUUUUUGCCUUUGCUCAUAUUUGCUAAGGUUUUACAAAGUAGCACUCCAGUUUUCGACGCAGCAAAGGGAAAAGAAUAGCAUAAAAUGUAUGUUUAGGAUUUUUCUAAGGGUUUAAUUUUUCAGUAUGCAGUUUUCGCUGAAUCACUGUUCUUUAUGCUUAGUCACUGUUUCUUACUCCAGAAGCCUAAUUGAGGAUAACAUGGUGUUUUGGCAACUUUUACAUUGCCAACUUGUUUUUACCUAGUACUUUAAUGCAGUGACAUAAGCUUUUUUUGUGGUUCUGGACUUGUUAGCGGGUGGAGUUCUGUGAGUGUUACCAGAGAGCUGAAGUUUCUGGUAUAGGCAAACUUUUAUGCAUUCCAAGUGCGCUAGGUGUUUAAUUUCAACCCAGUAUUUCUCCCUGUCUACCAUUGGAGACUUUUAAAAAAUACAAAGUAUCCUAAUACAAUACCUAUGAAAGAGUGGUAAUACUUUGAGAUAAUGUAUAUAGUUAGAGGGGUACUUUAAGGUCACCACAUAUGCGUGUUUACUCUUUGAUCUAGUAUAUUACAGAAAUGUGACUUUCAGUGGGGUAAGCCCUGUGCUAUUUUGUAUGAUUUUGGAUACAUCUUUUAACUGAGUUCCUAUGCCUGUUUCAUUAAAAGGACAUUGUAUUUGUAGAAUUCUUUGACAAAGUCUUCAAUGAAAAGGCUAUAUAAAAUAUUUAAUUUCAAUUUCAGUUUGAUGAACUAUGCGAGAUGAACUAUGAACUAUGUUCAGUUUGAUUGAACUUUGUGAGAACUAUGUGAACCAUUAGACUAAUGGUUUUUAUGCUGUAGGCAGUUAGAUAAUUACAGACAUACCCCAAUUAAAACCCAGUCCAGAAAUCUUUUAUAAAAAGGAUAGGUCUUGUUGUGUGUGUGUGGAUAAUGUUAACAUAGGUUGUUUCCUCAUACGGUUGCUUUUGGUAAGCUUUAUAAUUAUAAAUGACUUGAUAUAAAACAUUAUUUUACAUUAAGCUUUGUGUAUGUAAAUGUGGCUGUUGCGUAAAGUGAAGUACAUCUUUUUCUGAGGAAUACAUUGUAUCCUGUUGGGCGCAUAUAAUUAUAACUAACCUUUAUAGAGUUCCAGGUUGUUUUAACCAUAGAGUAAUAGCCUCAAGGUCACAAAGCUGAGAUUCCUUAGAAGCCCAUUCCCCUCUGCCAUGAUGCUCAUUUCAGUAAGCUGAGUACCACCAUUUGGGUGGAUUAUUUUUAUCUGAGUAUCUGCUCAAAUAGGUCUGGUCUGAGUAUUAAGUAUUUGUAAAUAUUAUUUUAAUUUAAGUCUGUAAUAGUUUCAUUUGCUUAUUUAGUGGAGAACAUUGCAAGCAGUUAGAACUUCACUUUGGAAUAAACUACUCAUGACCAUAUUUAGACUAGAAGAUAUAUGUUUUGAUUAUAUCAAAAGGGGAAUAGUUAAAAAUUUGAAAAGAAAUUCCAUAUAAUUAGGUCAUGAUUCUAUAAAUAAAAAGGCCGAACCAAAAUCGAAUACAAAGAAUGUAUACAGUGUAACCCAUUUAGCCAUUUUGGACUCAUCAGGAGGGCAUGUGCUUUGAGUUGGAAGUUUAAUGAUAGAGGAUUUUAAAUCUUGCCUAGUCACUGCCACCCCCCUCCCGCUCCUUUUUAAACCAGUGAAAUAAGAUGUCCAACUGAGGUUAUAGAUUUAUUAUGGUCUUUAAUACUGAUUGCGCUUGAUCUGCAAAUCACCCAGCAGGUGUUUCUAUUUAAUAUUACUUGUACAGUUAAUUGUAUUACUAUGACCAGUGCCUCCAACUGUAGCAUGAGACUUGUUUGGAGCCGCUUAUAACUGAUUGCUAAAUGUCAGAUUUCAGUUGUAGACUUGCUUGUGUUAACCAAUUGAACAUGUCUGUCUGUUGUUCCUUUUCAGCCUUACAUUGAAACAACAUUUUAUUGUUUAAGUGGAAUUCUGUUUCAUCUAGUACCAUAGUAGCUGUAACAUUAAGCAGUAGGCUGAUGCCACUUCCUUUUUGGAGCUUCUUAACCAUAUAGCUACUCAGGCACGUGCACAUGUGCACACACCUCCACCUCUCUCUGCUUUUCUUUUUGAAACUGCACAGAGUCGAUUAGGGAGUUAAAAUAGUGGGACGAUAUACAGGCAAACAUUUACGCCUGUACCUUUUAUGACUAUUAUUUUUUAAGAUUUUAAAAUAAUGAGAGGUUGAAAUCAACUUUCUUUGACUUCCUUUCCCCUUUAAUUUGCUUUUUUCAUAGUCAGUUUACUCUGUAUAUAAUGCUUGGAACAUAUAACUUAGGUCCUCAGUAAAUGUUUGAGCAUUACUGACUUUUUAUAGCUGGUACAGUGAGGUAAUUUUGGCUCAGUCUGAUUGUCUAAUACUAGGUCUGUAAGGUUGUAUUUUUUUGUGAAGUAUGUAGACUCCCAUGACAUCAGGAAUCUCAUUUUGUUUUGGAAUCCAUUUGGCUCUUUCUUGUAGUAUAAUUCUUUCAUUUAUUCAUGUUUCUAAAAUAAGUGAAGCUCCAAUUAGGCACAGUCUGGAAUAAGGGAACACAAGAAUGGAUGAGACAGAGAUGGUUCUGUCUCCUUCAGGAAGCUUGAAGUUUUCCUGUGCGGGUAGUUAUUGAAGGAUAACGAUUUACUUAAAGAAUUGUGACUGGUAUUACCAAGGAAGAAUGCAGAGUGUCCUGAGCCCACAGCAUAAUGUGAGACCCAUACCUUGUCUUUGGUGUGUGGAAAGUAACAUUUAUGCUGCGACCUAAGAUUCGAGGCAGGAGUUGGAGGGGAGGUGUGCGUGUGUGCAUGGGUCUUGCCAGCAGAGACAUACGUAGCAACAAGCUGCGUUGAGCGCUUUGGGUGACUUGACUUAGUGUUGUAACGUCAUGCUAACUUGCAGUGUUGUAUGUAUUUAUCUCCUUACUUACUUUGAUGAAUUUGGAAAAAUAAAGAAAUGGGUUUUUGAGGGCAGUUAUUUUUAUGUCUAGAAAUAGCCUUAAAUGACAAGGCCUCAUUUCACUGUAUGGGAAAAUGGCAUGUCUUAAAAACUAUUUUUAUGGAUUGCUUGUCAGUCAGAGAGUAUGAGUUGGCCAAGAAUUUCUGUUGGAGAAAAUUGACACUAUUGUAAAGCAUUUAAUCAUUUACAAACAUUUUGUAGUCUAAUGAGACUUUUCCCAGUCAUUCAAUUUUAAGUGUAAAUUAAAAGAGAUGUUAUAUGGAAUGUUAAGAUUCUUUUUAAAGAGAGUUUAAGAAAACUUAAUACUGAGUUUUCAAUUAAGCUUAUCUUUAAUUUGAAGGCUCAGUUUUAGCAACUUGUUUUCUACUGAGUCUGCUGUGUCACUGUUCAACUGAGAAGUCAGGGACGGAUGCUUUAAACCCAUUUCACAGGAUUUAUGACCAAUUAUAAAAUACUUUAUGGAGGUAUAUUUAAUUUGGUGAUGAUCUUGAUUAGAAAAAGAAUGGAUCUGGUAGUUUAAAAUUUUUAAGCUGAGGAUUCUACCCCAGAAUACACUCUGGGUAUUAUCUGGUGCAUUUUCUUAACUUAUUUUUGAAUAUAUUCACUUGUAAAAUGGAAUUAAACUUGAUUCCUACUUUAUAUGGCCGUUUUGAGAAUUGUUAAAUUUGUAUUCUUGUUCCAUAAGUUUAUACUGAGUAUUACAAAUGUAGUUAUUUUAAAAGUAGUUUUAAACACUUAUAUUCAAAGUGAAGUUAUGUGCUAUUGUAAUUACAAAGGACCAAAAAGACUUUCUUGACCACAGGGGUGACUAAGUGUUGGAAUAAACUACAAGCAAAGUUGUGUAAUCUCCAUUCCUCAAAUAACAUCUUAAAAUUGGAUCACCAGUUACUGAAGUGUACUGCCUAUUUUCUUAAGCUUUUAUGAGUAAACAUAUCUGUUGUCCUUGUGCAUUGAUCAGAUACAGACGUAAAUCCUAGCUCUGCCACUUACUAGGUGGAUGACCUUGGGCAAGUCACUUAAACCUUUUUGAACCUCAGUUUCCUCUGGGUUGUUGUGAGUGUUAAGGGACAUUACAUGAAAUGAUAUACAUCAGGGAUAAAAUUGGUACAUAAUUAGUGUUUUUUUUUCCUUCGAGGUCUACUUCAGUAAAUAAAUAUUGUAGACUCAUUGCUAUGGAUGCUUUUGUUUCUUUUUAUUUUUUUAAAAACAUUUUUCUUAUUCCGAGGGGAGUAGUGUGGAACAAACUAUUGUGAAGCUUGAGAGCCCUUCUACAUCUUCCUUUCAAAGUUGUCGCUGUUUUGCAUUUAACUUAGUUGUUUGUAGCAGUUGCUAUUUUAGAAUUAAGUGAUGUUUUUGAGAUGUGUUCUGCCUGUGUGGUCAUGUGAUGUGCACAUAACAUAAAGUGUUUCUACAAGUUAUGAGAGCAGUGGUCACUUCUUUAGAACUGCGUGUAUUUUUAGGUUCUCUCUUGGUAACAGUCAAGCUUAUAACCCCUCAGCACGUGAGAAGAACUCAGUCUUAUUGCAAAAUAAGAAAGCUACAGCUGUUUUCACAAUCUAAUCACUCUGUAAAAUUUGUCUUAAUUCUUACUAACAUUUCUCUUUGAACCUCUGCUCAAUUUACAAAUGUUUGUCAUCAUUAGUCUUGUCAUUUCUUCUAUUAUGACUCUGUGAGCAUGUGUGUGUUUAACAUACAGGUUCUGUCUUAACCUGUAAAACUUAUGGGGAUAAACAUGCAGAAGUAUUUAACUCAUAAUUUGUAAUUUUUAAACACAAUUUAAAGAUACAGUUUUCUUGUUAAAUGUGUGCUUUGGUUUUUACCCUCCAGGCAUCAGUAAGUGCCAUAAUACCAACUCAGAAAUUUUUCCACUUAAUCAAGAGCUCUGUCAGUAUUAGGUAGACUUUUGUUAUUGUUUGGCAAAAAUCAACCCUGGACUGGAGAAAAAUAAAAAGCAAAUUUGGGAGUAGUUAGUUUACAUUAGCCACCUGGAACCCAGGUAGAAUUUAUGGAAAAAUAUGUCCAGAGAGCUAGUAAUCUUUUAUGCCCUGAAGUGAAGAAAAUAGGCUAAGAAUCGACUUCUUACCCAGAAAAUUGUUAUCUAUUACAAUGUAAUUUAAUUUGGGAAAUGUUGAGAUGAGUUGCUUGUGCAUGUAGAAGUAGAGAUGUAUAAUAAGCAAUCGGCUGUACAGAUCUAAAGUUUGGAAGAGGGGUCCGGGCAAGUGGUAUAGAUUAGUUUUCAGCAUAUGGGUGGUAAUUGAAGCUUUUGAGAAAUUGAGAGCACCCAAGGGGAAUGUAUAGAAUGAGCAAGAAAUGACAUGCUCCCUGAAGAAGAGAAAUAUUUUAGAAGAAAAGAUUAAAGAAUAAUCAAAGAGAUGGGGGCAGGGGGGGCGCACGAAAUCAGGGAAAUGUGACAUCUUGAAAACUAUAGGAAAGAUAAAUAUGUCAAAAGGGAGGGAAUAGUCAGCAUAAUAAAGGAAAUGGCCAGGGAAGGUGAGGUCUGGAAAAAAUGCCCUUUGGAUUUAGCAUUGAGGAUCUCAGAGCCAUUUUAAUGACUGGUGGUAAAAAUAAAGACUGAUUAGAGGCCAGAAGAGUACAUGGGAGAGUUGAAGGUUUGUUUUUGUUUUCUUCCCUUCUGAAAGCUUGACUAGGAAAAAAGAAUAGUAGUAGAAGGAGGAUAUUGUUUUAUUAUUUAGGUUUUUAAAGAUGAAAUAGUUUUUUAAGUUUUUACUGCUCAUAGGAACAAGUCAAUAAAGAUGUUGAAGAUUAGAGAAAAAAAAUACAGUGCAUAGUGUCAGUAAUUAUAUCAGUAUAUUUUGCUGAUGUUUUCUCUUAUUUUUGUAUAAAAUUUUUCUUGAUAAAGGCAGGGAAGACCAUUAGGUAUCUGUAAACCCCUCCUAAUGUUUUAUAGAUACUAUUUCUUUGCUCAAAUCCUCAGUGACUUCCUAUUACUUAAAGUCUGACCUCCUGAGAGUAGCAUAUAGCGCAGUCUUAAUGAUUUGCUUUAUUUCUACUAUCCUGCCUCAUCUCCCACAGCUAUGUAGUGUUUCACCUUAUGAUCCAGCAACACUAGGAAACUUCAAGUUCCCUGAAUAUGUUUUGCCAAUUCUUACUUUUCUGUAUUUACAUGUCAUUACUUCAACAUUGAAUACUUCCCUACCUUUCCAAGUGUCCCCUCCUAUGCUUAAGAUUUCCCGUCUUUCAAGACUACUGUGAAUUCUCUAGCCCCUACCAUGCUGAUAAUUACGUUCUCCGUGUUACCAUUCUACUUCUGUCAAAUCGGUCACAUAAUGAUGUGACAUGAUUUUUACUGUUGUGUCUCUGACCUGCUGUAGUUCAUUGAGAGGAGGCACCACGUCUUACUAAUAAUCUUUAUAUUGCCACACCAAACACAGUGCCUGGUGCAUACUAGUUAAACAAUAAAUAGAUGUUUGAUGAAUGAAUGGAAACUGUGACCCUCAGAAGUAAGUGAUUUGCCCAUAACCACCAACUGAACUGGAACUUAGGUUUUGUGGGUAAAUUCCCUCUGUGUUCUAAUUAAGGCUCACUAUGGUGAUCACUAUGUAGAAGGAGUGAUCAAUAGACGAAAUCCUAAAUGAAUUCAUAUAUUUAGAGGGAAUAAAACAAAAGCUUCUAAUACUUUUAGUUAAGUAUAUUCAUGAAAUUCAGAUCAUUCCCUUUUAAGAAAUGAUGAGAUUUCUGCAGUCUGGGUGCUUCAGAAUCAGUCUUAAAAAAAUAAAAGCUAAAACAGUCUUGGAAUUUAGAAGUUAGACAUGCAUUAAUUUGUUUUUGGCAUCAAUUUAUAUACUACACAGUGUACUAGAAUUCAAGUAUUAUAUUUUGAAACACUUGACCUCUUUAGGCAUAUUGUUUCAUGAUAUAUGAAAAUGAACUGCGGUUCUUUGAAGUGCUUAAGUUGUUUCAAGAUGGACUGAUUGUAUGUAAAGUAAACUUGUUAAAUAUGUUUAUUUCAUGUAUUUCAUCUUGCAGUAAGUCAGUACACCUUUAUGACUUGAUUUAUAUUAUUCAACGAUUUUUAAAAAUCGACCACUUUUUGCCUAACUUCUUAUCUUUUUUCCAUCUCAACAACUAGAGCUGGACUGGCCAUUAUGGAGGAGGAGCUGCAGCAUUCACACUGUGUGACUUGUGUCAGUAGACGGUGUAUGAUCAGACCGGAGCCUGGGAUUUCCUGUGACUUGAUUGGUUGUCCACUGGUUUGUGGAGCAGUUUUCCAUUCUUGUAAAGCUGAUGAGCAUCGACUUUUAUGUCCAUUUGAACGAGUGCCUUGCUUAAAUAGGGAUUUCGGAUGUCCGUUUACAAUGGCUCGAAAUAAAGUUGCUGAACAUCUGGAAAUGUGUCCUGCAAGUGUGGUGUGCUGUACUAUGGAGUGGAACCGAUGGCCAGUUAGUUACGCAGAUCGGAAAUCGUAUGAAAAUCUAAGCAGAGAUGUCGAUGAAGUGGCACAAUUAGAUAUGGCCUUGGCCCUUCAAGACCAAAGGAUGCUCUUAGAGUCUCUCAAAGUAGCCACCAUGAUGUCAAAAGCAACUGAUAAAGUGGCAGAACCUAGAGAACAAAUCUCAGUUAAAUCAAGUGUCCCGGAAAUACCACAUACUAAUGGUUUGGUAUCUGUUGAUGAAGAAUCUUAUGGUGCACUUUAUCAAGCUACUGUAGAAACAACCAGAAGUUUGGCUGCUGCCUUAGAUAUCCUGAAUACCGCCACAAGAGACAUUGGCAUGUUAAGUACAAGUCUUUGUGCUUCCCCAAAUGAAGUGAAUGAAGAGCAAAAUGCCAGAGAAAGCUUGCAGAAUAGACACUUGAAAGACCAGGACCAUCUUUAUGAGGAGGAGAUAGGAGCAGUGGGUGGAAUUGAUCAUAAUGACACAAGUCUGAAUUUCCAGUCUGAACAAAAUGGCUCAAGUGAUAUAUUGUAUGACUCGAACACCAGUUCUUAUGGCACUUCUGCUCUUUGUAAUGGCUUUUCUUUGGAAAAUAUAUGUACACAGGCCAUAGACCAAAGUCAGAAAUUACAUGGUGAUUCAAAACAAAGUAACUUAACAAAUGGAGAAUGUAUAGCAUCAGAUGGCACUUCAGAUCCUUCCAGUUCACUUUCAGUAGCAGCACAACUUAAUGCUUUGCCUAAUGGCACAGUUCAGCACAUCCUCAUGCCAGAUGGUGAGGAUGAAGGAGAAUUGUGUUGGAGAAAAGUAGACUUAGGGGAUUUGAGGCAUGUGGAUGUCUUAUCUUUCAGUCAUCCUCCUUCAUUCAAAUUUCUUUCUAAUUCAUGUUGGUCCAAACCAAAAGAAGAUAAAGCAGUAGAUACGUCAGAUUUGGAAGUUGCAGAAGAUCCAAUGGGCCUCCAAGGAAUAGAUCUAAUCACAGCAGCAUUACUGUUUUGUCUAGGAGAUUCUCCAGGUGGGAGGGGUAUAUCUGAUAGUCGCAUGGUUGAUGUAUAUCGCAUUGAUUUUGGGACUCAGACUUUUUCACUUCCAUCUGCAAUAUUAGCUACAAAUACAAUGGUUGGGGAGAUAGCUUCAGCUUCUGCUUGUGAUCAUGCCAAUCCACAGCUUUCAAAUCCAAGUCCUUUUCAGACACUUGGGCUGGAUUUAGUAUUGGAAUGUGUCGCUAGGUAUCAACCCAAGCAGCGUUCAAUGUUUACAUUUGUUUGUGGACAGUUAUUUAGAAGAAAAGAAUUUUCUUCCCAUUUUAAGAAUGUGCAUGGUGACAUUCAUGCUGGACUCAAUGGCUGGAUGGAACAGAGGUGUCCUUUAGCAUAUUAUGGUUGUACCUACUCUCAGCGUAGAUUUUGUCCAUCAACCCAAGGAGCAAAGAUUAUACAUGACCGCCAUUUGAGGUCAUUUGGAGUUCAGCCUUGUGUAUCUACAGUUUUAGUGGAGCCUGCUAGAAACUGUGUGUUGGGAUUACAUAGUGACCAUCUAAGUAGUCUUCCUUUUGAGGUCCUACAACAUAUUGCAGGCUUUCUUGAUGGCUUCAGUUUAUGCCAGCUCUCAUGUGUAUCCAAGUUAAUGAGGGAUGUAUGUGGCAGCCUGCUUCAGUCGCGUGGAAUGGUCAUACUGCAGUGGGGGAAAAAGAAGUAUCCAGAAGGAAAUUCAUCAUGGCAAAUAAAAGAAAAGGUAUGGCGAUUCAGUACUGCAUUUUGUUCUGUAAAUGAAUGGAAAUUUGCUGACAUCCUAAGCAUGGCUGACCACUUGAAGAAAUGCAGUUACAAUGUUGUAGAGAAACGGGAGGAAGCAAUCCCACUGCCGUGUAUGUGUGUGACACGAGAACUCACUAAAGAAGGACGUUCACUUCGCUCAGUUUUAAAACCUGUACUUUAGAGACUGUAACUGCACUUGCACAUACAUGCAAGCACCUAGUAUAAUUUGUUUGUCAUAUGUGACACUUUAUUGUAUUAAAGAUUACAACUAGCUAAAUUUAUUGCCACUAUGUAUAUAAUGUUUUGAAGUGACAUAUAUUUUUAUAAAGUCCUGUUUAGUUGGAAAAAAGUUGCCUUAAUGUUUGAAAUGUGUGAAAUUUUUGGAACUUGCUGGACAGGGUGAUUUAAUUUUUAGCUACAUAAUUUUCAGAACUAGUAUUUUUAAUGGUGUGCAUAUUUUGGUUUUUAAAUUUUUUGCUUCUUAAACUAACAAGAUCCUGACCAAACAAUGUAUUCCUCAUGUUUUCUGUGGGUUAUAACCCAUGCAUUCAAAAAGCAAAACUUUGAAUCAAAUUUUUUCAGCAUUUGUUUUUCAGAUGAAAACAUUCAAUUGCUUAAGGACUGCUGUAAGAUCAUUAUAAGAUUUUUAUUUUCUAGCGCUCCCCUUAUACAAUUGUUGGUACACAGAUGAUCUUUAAUAUAUAUUUAGGUAAUACUUAAAAUCAUGACAGAUGUUUGCUAAUGCAUUUAUCAUGUUUUAAAAAGACUCACAAAAAUAUUUUCACCUUAUAUAUUUGCAGCUCUCAUACAGAGAAUGACCGACCAUAUGCAACUUUUUGUUUUUGUUAGACACCGCAUCCAAAGACUCAUGGCAGUGUGUUUUAUGACAGGUUAAAGUGAAAACAAAAAGCCUGUGAAUUUAUUUUAAUUUGAAACUGUUCAUCAUAUUCUGCAUUUGCUAGGUUUCUGAUAUUUGGAGAGAAGAAAAUAUACCUCAUUUAAAGUUUGGGUUGGGCACAUUGUGUGAAUAAAUUUCAAAUAUUCAGAAUGCAAAGGGCUUAACUAAGCAUUUAAAAUUUUGCCUUUUUAUAAAUCACAACUAUAUUGUUUUAAGACGUUUAACAAUGUGAAAUUCGGUGUCUUUGUAAGAUGACAAUCAUGAAAUGGAGAAACCUGUCUUGGUUGACAAUCUCUUUAAAACAUUUCCAAGUUUAUUUCCCGUAGACUUCUCUACCAAAAUAGUAAGAAUUGCAUCUUUGUGUAAAGAUCAAGGUAUAACAGAAAAAUACUCAAAGUCUUAUUGUUGAGGUACUUUAUUAUAGUUUUCAAAUUGAUAUACACCAUAAUUCACCUGAUGUUAAUUAAUCAGUUUAAAAAAAUGAAUAUACGGUGUCAGUAUUUAGAAAUAAAUUGCAAAGAUGGGGACAUAUACUUAAAUAAUUUGUUUUAAGUAACUCCUGGCAUUUAGUAGUCUGAAAUGGUGACAAGUUACUUUGCUAUAAAACAUCAACCUUCUCUUAUGUUUUCUUACAUUUGUCCCUGAGAAUGCUCUAUUGUUAUUAGGGUCUUGAUUACCAUAUAUGGCAAUCAGACUGGGUAGAGGUGUUCCUUGGGCAGUAGCAAAAAAACUCUCAACUACUUAAGACUUCUUUUGGUUGGAUCACAUCCUUAUUACAGUUGCAAAUAUAGCAUUAAAGGCUAAUCAGUUGUUUUGCCUCACCUGUCAUUUUAAUUAAUAGAAUAAUUAUUUCUCCAUGUUGAAACUUCAACUGUGAGAUUGAAUUCUAUACUAUUUCUGUGAAAAAAGUCAGAAAUAUGAUGUCAAAUACUGUAAAAUAUAACUCUGCCUUUUAAAGUUUUGCUGAAGAAUGUGUCUGGUUAGGAUAGCACAAACAUUAACUUUUUGUUUUAUGGUUGUGCUUGUUUGGUUUUUAAGUUUAGACUUUUUGUUUCCACACUGGAUCAUGAGAUAUUUAACAGUUUUCCACCUUAUAUUUCUUUUACACAUCUUUGGCUGUUUUCUUUUUUGUUUGUUAUGCCACCAUAUGAUUUUGUUAAAAUGUUUUCUUUGUGCAGCAUUUGUUCAAAUUCUAAUAAAAUUAAUAUUUUCCCUUUA